AUGUUCUGGAGAACCUCUGCGUCGCUGCUCUGCAGCUCUCUUUUCCUGUUUGUUUCCGGGGGCCUCGCGUUGCCUAAGGCAGAGAAGCACUAUGCUAUCAUGGAUAAUGACUGGAAUACGGCCGGAUUUGCGCCAUUCUUGGUUGCACUAGACGGUGAUGUAGAUGUCCUAGCGUUGGCCUCUGACACCGCAAACAGUUGGCAACCGCAGGUCGCAUUACAUGCUGUCGCCACGUUGGAGAUUGGGAAUCUAAGCUGCAUCCCCGUCUAUUCUGGAGCGACCUGGCCAUUGGUGAAUACGCCGCAUCGGUUCCAUGCAUGGGAGGCAAUGCACGGCGAUCUCCCCUGGCAGGGAGCAUUCGCACCUGAGAAUAAUACUUUUGAAGCCGAAGGCAAUGAUCCUACUUCUGGCAACCCAAACCGAAUUGUGAGGGCGGCGUUCAAGGAAGGCUUCCCCAAGGGCAGGCCCAACAAUUCGACGUCGGCGGCCAAUUUCAUGGUAGAGAUGGUUCGCAAAUAUCCUGGCAAGGUGUCUAUUUACUCUGCGGGUUCCCUGACGAACGUCGCCCUGGCGGUGCGCAUCGAUCCGGAAUUUGCAUCUCUUGCCAAAGACUUGGUCAUCAUGGGUGGCUACGUCGAUGAUAACAUGCUCCAGGCUACGGGAAGCGUCCUGCAGGCAGACCUUCAAUCUGAUAUCAACCUCAUGAUCGACCCGGAAGCUUCCAAGAUUGCUCUCACUGCGGACUUCCCGCAGAUCACCAUCGCCGGCAACGUUGCCAACCAAGUGUUCCCCGACAAAGAGUUUAUGAAAGACCUGAUCAAAGUCCGCAACCCCUACACCGAGCUCUUCUACAAGUACUACGACCCAUCGUUCCCUUUCUGGGACGAAACGGCGGCGGCUCUCAUGGCUGACCCAUCGCUCGCUACCAACCAAACCUCAGUUUAUCUCGAUGUGGAUACAUCUUAUGGAAGUCCUAAUUACGGCAAUAUUCACGUCUAUCAGAAGGCACUCGCUCCUCCAGGAAUCCGGCAAGUAAACUAUGUCUUUCAGGUGGAUGGUGAUAGAUUGAAGCAGCGGAUUAUGCACGCCAUGCAGUAUCCUAGAUCUUGUACGGAUCUAAAUUAG